GCCAUGGCCCCUGCACUUCUCCUGGUUCCUGCGGCCCUCGCCUCUUUCAUCCUGGCCUUUGGCACCGGAGUGGAGUUCGUGCGCUUUACCUCCCUUCGGCCACUUCUUGGAGGGAUCCCGGAGUCCGGUGGUCCGGAUGCCCGUCAGGGAUGGCUGGCUGCCCUGCAGGACCGCAGCAUCCUUGCCCCCCUGGCUUGGGAUCUGGGGCUCCUGCUACUAUUUGUUGGGCAGCACAGCCUCAUGGCAACUGAGACAGUGAAGACAUGGACAUCCUGGUACUUUGGGGUCCUUCAGAGGUCACUGUAUGUGGCAUGCACUGCCCUGGCCUUGCAGCUAAUGAUGCGGUACUGGGAGCCUGUACCCAGAGGCCCUGUGUUGUGGGAGGCUCGAGCUGAACCAUGGGCUACCUGGGUGCCACUCCUCUGCUUUGUGCUCCACAUCAUUUCCUGGCUCCUCAUCUUCAGCAUCCUUCUCGUCUUUGACUACGCUGAGCUCAUGGGCCUCAAACAGGUGUACUACCAUGUGCUGGGGCUAGGUGAACCUCUGGCCCUGAAGUCUCCCCGGGCUCUGCGUCUCUUCUCUCACCUGCGCCACCCAGUGUGUGUGGAGCUGCUGACGGUGCUGUGGGUGGUGCCCACCCUGGGCACUGACCGCCUCCUCCUUGCUCUCCUCCUUACUGUCUACCUGGGCCUGGCUCAUGGGCUUGACCAGCAAGACCUCCGCUACCUCCGGGCCCAGCUACAAAGAAAACUGCACCUGCUCUCCCGGCCCCAGGAUGGGGAGGCAGAAUGAGGAGCUAACUCUUGUUCCAAGCCCUGUACUUCCUCACCCCCUCCAAUUCUAAAUCUCUUAAUAUCCAGGCCCUGGUUGCCUCGGACCAAAGAUCCAAAUCCAUGGUCUGAAGGGGCUGUCCUUUUCACUGCUUGAGACCUCCUUCCUUGGGGCCACCACCAUACCCUACAUUAUGAGUUUCAGUGACUAGACUCCAAGGUCCACUUCUCACCAGGAGGAAGAGGGGGUGUGGAACUCAUCUGUCCCCUCAUACUUUAAGGCAUGACUCCCCUUCAUCCAUCCCUCCUCCCCCCUUCCACUCACCCACAAGAACUUCUUCACAAGGAAAAGGGUCUGCCCUGACCACUCCCCUGACAGUUAACUCGUCUCUGCGCCUCAGGGAUCCCCUUCUCCACGUCUCGCUUCCGCUCCAAGGAGCUGGACCAGGUUCUGCAAAUUUGAGAGUAGUAACCACCCCCUCCUGACCCCACGCCUUGCCUCUCCACUUCCUGCCCUAGUCUCUCCACCACUUCAGGCCUCGCCCCUGGGCUCCAUUCCCCGAACUCAGUUGAGAGGAUUCUUUCCUUCGUAACUAGGUAGC